GUAAGGAAAGACCUAAAGCUGGGUUAAUUUAUUUAUUUUUUUAUUUUCUGAAUGUUGACGUUGUCUUCGCCUGCCCGCUGGGUGGCGAUAGUGCAGAAAUGAGUCGAUAACAAGUUACUGCAGUGAACUUCCUUCGUGCUCGCACUCCGUUGAUUUUUCUACAUGCCGCUGUAUUUACCGAGCACAGAACUUUCAGGGUAAACCCUAGAUUUUCUCCAGUACCUCUGAGAGACAAACAGACUCACACAAAUGUCUCUCGCUGUGCCUGUGUGGCUCCUGGUGCAGGAGCAGCUGCUCGGAAAUGGCGUACCGGACUGUGGAUCAUCAACUUGCUUCGACGACUUUAACGACGAAGCUUUGUUCGAGCUGUUUCACCUCACCAAACCGUGCGUCGCAUUCAUCGCUGAUUCGAUAAGGCUACGUAUAAAGACGGCUACAACGGGCAGAGAGGAACUGAGUGUGGACGCGCAGGUCAUGGUCGCGCUCAAUUAUUAUGCGCACGGAGUGUUUUCUGGUGUCGUGCUGGACAUGGCCGGGCUCAGCAACCAGUCGGAGCGUGCCUAUCUUAUUGUUGACAAACUGUCCGGCGUCAUCGUCGGGAUGUCCGACCAGUUCAUGUCGUUCCCAGAGACCCCGGAAGCAAAAGCCUGCGUUGCGUCAAAAAUAAAAAAAAUUAGCCGAAUUCCCAACGCGUUGGGAAUCCUGGCAGCAGUCCACUUUAAAAUCGUCCAGUCACCUCAAGAGAAGUCAUCCGUGUCGGACGCGAACGGCACGGACUACACGUCUGUGGUGUCACAGGUCACGUGCGACUCAGAGGGAAACCUCCUGAGUGUGGAGAAGUUCCGCCUGAGUAACGGGAGCACGUUCAAACCGGAAACGUGGGAGUUACCCUCAAAAGAGAAGGAGGUCGAGGAGGGGGUAAAGGAACCGUAUCGGGUCAUAGGUACAAAAGGUUAUCAACUAAGCAAGUAUGUUUUGACUCCCGUGACAGUGCCAGUGACUGAGGGUGAGAUCCAAUACAACAAGGCCCACAAAAUGCUAGAUGACAUCAUGCAGAAGACGCUCAGCACCUUGAAGAGGCGUUUUAGGUGUCUGCUACACCUUGGCUAUAGACAAGAAACCACUUUGGACAGAAACACGGACAUAAUCAAAGCAUGCAGUGUUCUCCAUAACAUUUCACAGAAGUUCUCUGUGCCUCCUCCAAAUGCUGCUGGGGAAGUGGAGUUAGUGGGUCCAAGCAAGCAGCACUCAAAGGAACUAGAGGUCUGCCCAGAGGCUGUAAAGGCCAGACAGAAAGUCAUCUAUGAAUUCUUCUCCAAUGUGUCCAUGGAGACGGAAUCUACUGGUGACACUGACACCUGAGGAGGGGAAAUUGGACAUUUACGGGUUAUUUCAUAUUUUUUUUUACAUAAUCUUUGAUCUUGUCAGUUACUAAUCAGAAGCCUUGUACAUUUACCGUAAUUUCCGGACUAUUGAAUGCACCGGAAUAUAAGCCGCACCCACUAAAUGUAAAGAGAAAAAAAAUUAGUGGCUGCACUUCUCUAUAAGCCGCAAGUGUCUACGUUGUAAAAUGGGAUAUUCACACAAAAAGAUGUUACAGAGAAAGUUUUUUUUUUUUAUUAUUCACUUUUAAUUAAAUAAAUGCUUUUUUUUCCGAA